ACCCGCAAUGAGCAAUAUCCAGAUGUUGAUGGUCAUUGCUGAGCCUCCAAAUGGUGGUACGAUGACUCGACAUGACCUGGUGGAAUGCUCAAUCGAGACCGCGAAAAGUGCCUCAUGCACGAGUGCCACAUUGGCCUCGGGCGAGGAAUUUUCCGCGGCGAUAGACUCGGUUGGCAGUGGUCGGUCUGGCUUGGAAGUUCAAGCAUUGCACGCUUCGACGUACAGCCCAACCUCCACGUCGAACGAGGACAACGACAAGCCUGUCAGGACCGCUCGACAGAUCAUUCUGUCGACUGAGAUCCAUACAUCAUGACAGCGCUCCUUCCGCCCAAUCUCCUCCGACUGUUCGCUCCUCGGCCACCACCUCCUUACCUCAAACCAUUGACCAGGAGCGACUCUGCUCGUAGAAAGAAGCCGCUCACGGGCUGUGCAACACUCGUCAAAAAGUUGAGAGAUGAAGCCGAGGAGGCAGAAUACCAAGAAGGAUUUAAAGAUCGUCCGGAGACCAAAUCAGAAAGGACGGCGUUGAAUUCGGAAGAGGAAAGCUCGAGGAAACGGAGGAGAAAUGACAAAACGGAGCCCGACGCUGAUGGAAUGGAAGUCGAUGGAGCAGAGAACGGUGUGCAUGGCGCUGAGGAAAUGGACGGCAAAGGCAAAGGCAAGGCCAAGGGGAAAGUACAGCCCAAAAAGAAGAAGGACAAGAUAGCGGAAGCCGGUAUAGUUGGGCAGGAGGCUGUGAAAAUGAGGCGAGAGCUGCGGGCGAAGCGGAAAGAGCAGUACAAAAAGGAUCUGGAGAAGAGCUAUAAUCCUCAGGAGGAUUCGAAUAUCAACGGAGAUCCUUACAAAACGCUAUUCAUAGCUCGACUGUCUCGGAAAGCGACUGAGGAGGAUCUGCAGAAGGAAUUCGAGAUAUACGGCGCGAUUGAAAGAAUCCGCAUAGUUCGAGAUCGCAAGAAGAAGAGCCGCAACUAUGCUUUCAUUGUCUUUGAACGGGAACGAGAUAUGAAGGCUGCGUACAAAGAUGCAGAGGGUAUUCCGAUCCAUCACAAGCGGAUACUGGUAGACGUUGAGCGUGGUCGUACAGUUAAAGGCUGGAAGCCAAGAAAGCUCGAUGGAGGUCUAGGUGGCAGACCGAAGCCAGUCGAGCCGGCGGCCAACACUCAGACAGGGUUCGGACGCAAAGUUUUCGGAGGUUUCAGAGGCGGAGCCUUGUCAGGUCAUGGAGGGGGCUUCCGUGGAGGAGGUGGCAGAGGAGGAUCGUUUGGAGGUCGAGGGGGCUCGUUUAGAGGAGGUGGCGAUCGCGGAGGAUUUGGAGGCGGAAGAGGAGGCUUUGGUGGUGAUCGCGGUGGUUUUGGAGGUCGAGGAGGUUUCAGUGGUGAUCGCGGAGGCUUCGGCGGUGAUCGCGGAGGCUACAAUGGGGGCGGGGGACGUUUUGAGUGAGCGCGCCAUCCUCCGAGCUUGAAUAUCUACCGUCGCUGAUAGAGCUCAGUGGACCACCUGGAGGGCAGAACUCUUACGGUGGACCACAACAAGGCAAUGGGUUCUCUGGACCGCCUGGAGGGGGCUAUGGAGGUGGUGGACCUCCUCAAGGUGGCUACCAAGGAUUCCAAGGUCAAUCUGCUGGUGGUCGACCGGGAAUUGGAGGAGGAGGUGGUGGUGGUGGUGGUGGAGGAGGAGGAGGUGAUUACGACCGUGAUUUCAAGCGUCCUCGCUAUUGAGCAGGUCGACACGA